AUGUCCGAGGAACCACCAAAGGAGCAGUCCAAGAGCGCCUUGAAGAAGGCCGAGAAGGCCGCCAAGAUGGCGGCCGACAAAGCUGCCAAAGCUGCCAAGCAGGCCGCUCUCCCUGUCGUCGGCGGCAAGAAGGCUGAGGAGAUCAUGGGCAUCACCGUCUCCAAGGCUGAGAAUUUCCCAGCCUGGUACCAGGAGGUUGUCCUAAAGUCAGAGAUGGUUGAGUACUACCAGGAAAUCUCCGGAUUCUUCGUCCUGCGACCUCUCAGCAUGCACAUCUGGUCCACUAUUCGCAAGUGGUUCCAGCAACACAUCGAGGAGAUGGGCGUCGAGGAGUCCAGCUUCCCCAUUUUCCUGUCCGCCAAGUCGCUCGAGAAGGAGAAGGACCACGUCGAGGGUUUCGCCCCUGAGCUUGCUUGGGUCACCAAGGCUGGUGACAAGGACCUCGAAGUCCCCGUUGCGAUCCGACCUACCUCCGAAGCCGUCAUGUACCCCUACUACUCCAAGUGGAUUCGCAGCCACCGCGAUCUUCCUUUACGACUGAACCAGUGGAACUCCGUCGUGCGAUGGGAGGCAAAGCAGACCACCCCUUUCCUACGAACACGAGAAUUCCUCUGGCAGGAGGGCCACACCGCACACCUGACUGAGGAGUUGGCUGGAGAGGAGGCGCUGCAGAUCCUCGAGCUCUAUGCUGGCGUCUACGAGCAGCUUCUUGCCGUUCCCGUCGUGCGAGGUCGCAAGACUGAGAACGAGAAGUUUGCUGGUGGUUACUACACUACCACUGUGGAGGGAUACAUUCCUUCCAACGGCCGUGGUAUUCAGGGAGCUACCUCCCACUGCCUUGGCCAGAACUUCAGCAAGAUGUUCGACAUCACCGUUGAGGACCCCGCGAACAAGGGAUCUCAUCUCCACGUGUGGCAGAACUCUUGGGGUCUCUCCACACGUGUCAUCGGAGUCAUGGUUAUGGUUCACGGUGAUGAUAAGGGUCUGGUUCUUCCCCCACGUAUUGCCAAGAUCCAAGCCAUUUUCAUCCCCAUCGGUAUCAACAAGAACACCACACCCGAGGCAAAGAAGAAGCACGAGGAUACCAUCGAGGACAUCCGUGCCACCCUUAAGAAGGCUGGCGUGCGAACUGAUGCCGACUGGAGGGAGGGUUACACCAUCGGCUGGAAGUUCAACGAUUGGGAGCUCAAGGGUGUUCCCCUGAGAAUCGAAUUUGGUUUCAAGGAUGCCGAGAAGGAGGUCAUCUCUUUCGCCCGCAGAGACACCGGUGAGAAGGGCACCAUUCCCAUCUCCGAGGUCGGCACCAAGGUUCCCGAGUUGCUCGAGACCAUCCAGAACGACAUGUAUACUAAGGCCGAGGCCGCUUUCCGGGAGCACCGUAUCCAGAUCACCAAGUGGGAAGAGGUCCUCCCCGCUCUCGACAACAAGAACGUUGUCCUUAUUCCCUUCUGUCUCGACGGCAAGUGUGAGGACCGCAUCAAGGCGCUCACAACCCGUGAGGAUAACCAGCCUGACGUCCCUGAAAACCAAAAGGCUCCUGCCAUGGGCAUGAAGAGUCUCUGCAUUCCCUUCGAGCAGCCCGAGGGUGUUGUUGCAGGCGAGACUGAGUGUCUCAACCCCGAGUGCGAGCGCAAAGCCCAAAAGUGGGUCAUGUUUGGCCGAAGCUACUAA